UCCUUUCGACAGGGCUCCCGGGAAUAGAGCCAUACUACUCUCCCUGAUGAUCCCAGCAAGUAGCUACUUCUCCCAGACAGAGUUGGGGUCAAAUCCAUGCAUGUCCUAUUCCCUCCAAAGCCCACUCUCCCCAGGGCUUGCUGAGAUGGAAGGAUAGCUACAGCCCCCCCCCCCUGGCAUUUGUCUGUGUGGAGGCAGGGUGCACGAAGUUUGAGGCAGAAGUGAAUGGACAGGAGUGCUUCAUAGGGAAGAAGCAGAAAGGUGGCAAGAAGCUGGCAGCGGCCCCCGAGAGGGCCCUGGCGCCAUGGACAAUGAUGAACCUCUUGAGCCUGAGACAAAAGAUGAACCCGAAAUGGAACCAGAAGCACAGAACAGUGACGAAACCCUCUACUGUGAGGCUGAGGCCUCUGUGGCUGUAGAAAAAGAGAAGUCAGGCCGAGAGAGCUCAGAAACAGACCUGGAGAUCGAAGAUACAGAGAAACUUUUCACUACUGGACAAAGGGAGCUAUACCUGGAGGCCUGCAAACUGGUGGGCGUAGUGCCCGUCUCCUACUUUAUCCGGAACAUGGAGGAGUCCUACAUGAACCUCAACCACCAUGGGCUGGGACCCAGUGGUACCAGGGCUAUUGCCAUAGCCCUGGUGUCCAACACGAGCAUCGUCACCCUGGAGCUGGCAGACAACUGUAUCAUGGAGGAGGGCACCUUGAGCCUGGUGGAGAUGCUGCAAGAGAACUACUACCUGCAGGACUUGAAUAUUUCCGACAAUGAUCUUGGCUUGAAGGGAGCCAGCACCAUCUCAGAAUUUCUUCAGAGAAAUAUCUCUUCGCUCUUGAACCUCCAGCUUUCAGGAAAUAACUUCAAAGACGAAUCCGCAGAGCUGUUGUGCCAAGCCUUGUCGAACAAUUACCGAAUUAAGAUGCUGGAUCUCAGCCACAACGAGUUCUCUGAUAAGGGAGGAGAACAACUGGGCCAGAUGCUGGCCCUCAAUAUAGGGCUCCAGUCACUGGAUCUGAGCUGGAAUCACUUCCACGUACGGGGAACUGUGGCCUUGUGCAAUGGUCUCCGGGCGAAUGUAACCCUGCAGAAACUGGAUCUGUCUAUGAACGGCUUUGGGAACGAGGGGGCUACGGCCCUAGGGGAGGUCCUCAGACUCAACCACUCCCUGGUCUUCCUAGACGUCAGCAGCAAUGACAUCAGCAAUGAAGGAGUUGCCAAAAUCAGCAAAGGACUGGAGUUCAACGAAUGCCUCAAAGUUCUGAAGCUUUUCCUGAACCCUGUGAGUAUGGAUGGGGCUACGAUCCUUAUCCUGUCCAUUAAGAAGAACACCAAAUCCAAGAUGGAGGAGAUUGACAUUUCUAAUGUGCUGGUGUCUGAGCAGUUCAUAAAAAUAUUGGAUGGGGUGUGUGCCAUCCACCCCCAGCUGGAUGUGAUGUACAAGGCAGUGCAAGGCUUCUCUGCCAAGAAAAUGGCCCUCUUGUGGACAAACCCCAUGAAACUGAUCCAGAGCUACGCGGACCAGCACCAAAUCACGGUCAUAGACUUCUUCAAGAACUUGAACCCUAAGGGAACAAUGACGAUGUCUGUGGGUGACUUCCGGAAAGCUAUGAUACAGCAGGACAAGGUCCCUAUAAACCGGUACCAAGUCAGGGAGCUGAUCAAGAAGCUGGAUGGGAAGGCAGGCAUGGUGAACUUCAGUACACACUGCCUCCCGUGAACAAUCUCAGUGCACAUUUCCAUGCCUUUCCCGUAUCUUACAGUCAAGUGUGCAUGUGUGAGUGCACACGUGAAUGUGUGUAGUAUGGUGGUUUAAAACAUGGGCUCUGAGGCCAGACCACUGAGUUCCAAGCCCAGCUCCACUCCUGUGCGUGUCACCCAAUCUCCUUGGGCUUCAAUUUCCUCAUCUGUACUAUGGAGCUAAUAA